AUGGCUCUCCUCCUCAACCACCUUGUGUCCUUUGUGUCCAGGGACGAGAUGUAUCACAGGGGGAAUGCCGACUUCACUCGUCCAUCCCACGGCCUGAUGGCUGUCAGCCUAUGGACCAUCUCUGCGUCCGUGUCGAUACUGUCGAGCCGGUUCAUCCUAAUAGAACUCAACUAUCAUUUCCCACUUCAUUUGCUCCUGGUGCACCUCUUCGUCUUGUCGGCCAUCCUGGUUAGCCACCGGUUUGCUUCUGCCAUCAAGGCCCGUUACCAAGCACCGAGCUGGUUCCACGCCACCGUCGAGUACACCGGCGAGUCCAACCCCGAUGAGCGUUGGUAUCAUGGGUUCCCAACCGCGCUUUGCGCGGCUGCAGCCCUCCCAUUGCUUAUGCAGGCCAUCCUUCACUGGGUGAACCUUUCCACUUUGGCCCUCAUGCCGGCUUUCGCCUAUCUUUUCUGUGACAUCUGGACCAUGAUCACGACCAAGCACUACUCCCUCUGGAUCAAGUUCCUCGAAGUUAUCCUACAAUCCGCAUGCUGUGCGGUUAUUCUUUAUGAUGAAUACCGCUUGACGCCGCAAGGCAUCUUCUGCACAUUGAUGGCAAUGCUUUUCACAGGCUUAGCGAUGGGAUUCAGUAAAAUGUCCCAUAUGUCGCCCUCGGAUACCUUCUCCCGUCGGAAAUCUCCUUCUCUCAUCACGACAAUCGCCAUCUCAUUUUUUAUCACUUUCGUCUGGUGCGUCAAGAAGGAAGAGACGUUGAUGGCCGCGGAACAUAUUCUCGAUGUUGAUCCCAUGGUCCUUGGCCUUAAUGUCGGUUCUACUGUGGCCGCCGUUCUCUUCGGCAAUUCGUUCAUCGUACCAAUCAGCGUCGAGGACCACUUCUCUCCCGAUGUGAGCAGGAGUCGCGUUUUGAUUGCCCAGGUGUCAGCCUCUUUCGGGUUUACGGCCAUUGUCGGUUUUGCUUCCUCCUACUUGACGAUGAGGUCGUACGCAACCGUAUUACAAGCGGGCGCAUUUUGUCUUGCUGUGGUAUGCAUCAUCAACGCACCUCGACCGGUCGAUAACCAAGAUCGUACCAUGUUUCGGACCUCGUUGUACGACCUGGAGCGCUUUCAGCCCGGUCUGGUAUCCCUGGACUCGGAACCCUUGGACGAUGGCGACAGCAGCCCAGAGCAAGGGUUGCUUGGAGAAGCGCAUUCCACUGACCGCCUUGAUUAUGAACGAUGGAUGAGGAAGUUUGAGACGCCUUCAGUACUCUCGAUCGCUGCGUAUUCCGUAAUAAUUCUCACUUGGAUUGGAUUCCUGGCCUGUAAUUUCGCAGGCGUAUCGAGUUCGGACAUUUCUGAACCGAUUCCUCAGCUCGAUCUCGCUUACGAGCCCGUCCACGGUUUCGACGUCGUCAUCAGCAUGUACAAGGAGCCUAUCGAAUCCGUCACAUCCAUCAUGGAGGGACUGUCGGCUAUCCCGGCCAUUGCCGAGUCUUCGCCGAGGCUGUUUCUUUACACGAAGGACGAGGAUUUGGAGCCUUCCACCAUCGCUGAGCUCGGAAAUGCCACUAAUGCGUUCAAGGUCAUCAAGCUGCCAAACGUCGGUCGCGAGGGCGAGACAUAUCUUGAGCACAUUCUCCUUAACUGGGAUUCCCUUGCAAAGCACACCCUCUUUGUUCAGGCCGACGUUCACAACCCGCGCGAAUUCUUCAACCGUGUCCAGGAUUACUAUUCGCCGAACACGGGCAUGCUCAGCCUCGGCUUCAGCGGCAAAACAUGCGACACGGCCAACUGUGGCGACCGUUGGAGCUGGUACGAGGGCAGCUCUCUGCUGAAUGACGUGUGCAGACGUGUAGAUGGAGAGGAUUGUAAGAACAUCCUCCUCUCGUACAAGGGUCAAUUCAUUACCUCGGCGGCCCGUAUCCGUGCCGUGGAACGCGAACUGUACGAAGACCUAAAGUCAGCGAUGACGGACCCGGAUAGCUGGGCGCACAAAGAGCCGUGGCUCAAUGGCCGACCGGAUUCGCUCAACGCUCCUCGAUUCGGAUACACCAUGGAACGGCUGUGGUCCGUGGUGAUGCAGUGUUCGACGGAGGAGGUUGCUUGGAGGUGCCCAACGCUGCUGAGCCGCACGAGAAGAGGAGGUGAUUUGACUGAUUGUCAAUGUAUGGACCCGAAGAACGAUGCUCGUCUUGGAUUGAAUUCCACUGUUCCGACCUGA